AUGGCGAAUAUCAUCAAGAAAAUGUUUACAUAUCACCUUUUAGUGUGUCAAAUUUGCAACAUUGUGAUUGAAAAUGAGGCUCGUAUGAAUCGUGAUUAUUGGAUGUACAACACUUCACGUUUUUCUCAAUUUUAUAUAGAGGGUGUUCAAACUUUUAUUAGGGUUGCCGAAGAAAAUCGCUUAGAAAAAGGAAGUGGAUCGAUUUGUUGUCCUUGUAACGUUUGUAAAAACUUUAAAACAUUUAAUUGUACCGAAGAAAUAGAGUAUCAUUUGUUGCAAAAUGGUUUUGUGCCUAAUUACACUUGUUGGUCAAGAUAUGGAGAAACACUACUUGAUUGUAGUACAUCCUCGACCAAUUUACAUAUUAAUAAUAGUACAUGCAACAAAGAUUCAUAUGUUGUUGAUGAUGAUCACCAGUCAAAUGAUCCCAAUGACAAUUUCAAUGAAAUGUUCGAUGACAUGGAGGCUAAUAUGGGUGAUGUUGAACAAGAAAAAUUACAUGGCCUAUUUGAAGAAGCAGAAACACCGUUAUAUAGCGGUUGCAAAUUUAUGAAACUUGAUGUUGUAUUGAGGUUGAUGAACUUAAAGUCGAAAAACGGAUGGAGUGAUAAAAGUUUCACAAGUCUAUUAGUGCUUUUGCAUGACAUUCUUCCGGAAGACAAUGCAUUACCCAUUUCUACAUACCAAGCAAAAAAACUAAUGUGUCCGAUGGGAUUGGAAGUUGAAAGAAUACAUGCAUGUCCAAAUAACUGUAUGUUGUAUAGAAAGGAGUUCGAGAAUAAACAUAAUUGUGUUUUUUGCGGUGCAUCAAGGUAUAAACGGAAAAAAGAUUUGGAUGAAGUUGACGAUGAUGUGACAAAAAAUGGACCACCGGCUAAAAUGUUGUGGUAUCUCCCUAUUAUACCCAGACUGAAAAUGUUAUUUUCAAACGAAAAAGAAGCAAAGUUACUUUGUUGGCAUUCGGAAGAACGUGAAACUGACAGAAAACUAAGACAUGUUGCAGAUUCACCUCAGUGGAGAAACAUUGAUAAGAAGUAUCCUGAAUUUGGAAAAGAGAUGAGAAACAUACGGUUUGGGCUUAGUUCAGACGGGAUCAAUCCUUUUGGGAACAUAAGCAGUCGUCAUAGUACGUGGCCGGUUCUUUUGUGCAUUUACAAUCUUCCACCGUGGUUAUGCAUGAAACGGAAAUACAUUAUGAUGUCGUUGUUGAUUCAGGGGCCGAGACAACCUGGUAACGAUAUUGAUGUGUAUUUGUCUCCUUUGAUUGAUGACUUAAAAACUCUUUGGAGUUCGGGUGUAGACGUAUAUGAUGCUUAUAAGAAACAACACUUUCAAUUGCGGGCCAUGAUUUUUUGUACUAUAAGUGAUUUUCCAGCGUACGGUAACUUGUCAGGAUACAAAACAAAGGGUAAGAAAGCUUGUCCAGUUUGUGAAGAUCAAACAAGCUCGAUAUGGUUAAAAAAUUGCAAAAAAAUUGUAUACAUGGGACAUCGAAGAUUCCUUCCGAAGAUUCAUCGUUUUAGGAAGAAAACUAUUGAGUUUGAUGGAAGUAUCGAGAUCAGAACGAUGAGGAAACGAUUUGAUGCAUUUUCACGAGUUGCAAGUAUAAAUGUAGUGUUGGGAAAAAGAUUUCGUGUUGAUAAAGAUGCCCUUUGGAAAAAAAAGUCAAUUUUUUUUGAAUUGCCUUACUGGAGACAUUUGUAUGUUAGACAUUGUCUAGAUGUUAUGCAUAUUGAAAAAAACGUAUGUGAGAGCUUGAUAUGCUUAUUAUUAGGUAUGAUGCAUAAAACUAGAGAGUUUAAUAUCCGAAAGGACAUGGUCGAGAUGGGGAUACGUGAAGAUCUUGCUCCCGAACAGAGUGCUAACCGUGUUUAUCUCCCAACUGCUUGUUAUACUACAUCCAAAGAAGAAAAAAUAAAGUUUUGUCAAUGUUUACAUGAUAUUAAGGUUCCAUCAACUUAUUCUGCAAACAUUAAAAGAUUUGUGUCGAUGAAAGACUGUAAAUUGUUUGGAAUGAAGUCUCAUGAUUGUCAUGUUUUGACGACACAUAUGAUUCCUAUCGCAAUUCGUGGAAUUUUACAAGAUGAUGUACGACAUUCUAUCACUAAGCUUUGCUUGUUUUUUAACAACAUUCACUCAAAGGUUAUUGACAUAGAAGAUUUGGAUAAAUGGGAGAAAGACGGUUAUGUUACACUUUGUGAAUUAGAGAUGCACUUUCCACCCUCAUUUUUUGAUAUAAUGGUUCACUUGAUAUCUCACAUCGUACGAGAGAUUAAGGCUUGUGGUCCCGUAUUCUUACGGUACAUGUACCCUUUUGAAAGAUACAUGGGUAUCCUAAAAGGUUACGUAAGGAACCGUAAUCGACCUGAGGGCAGUAUUGUUGAAGGGUAUACUUCUCAAGAGGUGAUUGAGUUCUGCCAAGGCUAUAUGAAAGAUGUCGAAAGUGUUGGUGUUCCUAAAACUCGUCAUUCAGGUCGACUUGAAGGUAAGGGACGAGUCGGUUUAAAAAUAACCAUGCCAACAUAUGAAGAGUUACAAGUUGCACAUUUAGUGGUCCUAAAACACAUGAAAUGUCUUACUCCAUACAUUGAUGAACACAUGGACAUGUUGAAGUCGAAAUACCCGGGCAAGGAACAAAUGUGGUACAUAAACAAUCAUAAUAAAGAGUUUUCAAGGUGGCUGAAAAAUAAGGUAGCAGAAACUAAUGUUGAUGAAACUGUGAAAAGAUUGGGACAUGGGCCAGAUUGUAGAGUUAAAUCUUAUGAAAGGUAUGACAUUAACGGGUAUACCUUUUACACGAAAGAUCAAGAUCAAAAAAGUACAAUGCAAAAUAGUGGAGUUACAAUGAUAGCAUCAACGACCGAAUUCGACAGACGGGAUCAUGAUACUUUGAUAAGAAUAGCCAAAGAUUCUUAUUACGGUGUUAUACAAAAUAUUUGGGAGUUGAACUAUUUUGACUUCGUUAUUCCCGUGUUCAAAUGCAAGUGGGUGAAUAACCGUACAGGUGUUCAAGUCGACAAAGAUGGUUUUACACUUGUCGACCUUACAACUAAUGGCUAUGCAUCUGAACCAUUCGUUCUUGCAAAACAUGUCACACAAGUUUUCUAUGUCAAAGACCCGAGCAAACAAAAAGAGCACAUCGUCUUACAAGGUAAACGACGAAUUGUUGGUGUUGAUAAUGUCGUUGAUGAGGAAGAAUACGAUCACUUUGAUGAUCUACCACCAUUUUCGGUCAAUAUUGAACUUGAUAAUUACGAUAAUGUCGAAUGCACAACAUUCGUACGAUCUAACAUUGAAGGGACAUAUGUUGAUUAA